CUCUGAGGAAGGUGUCUGACAUGCCUGAAUGCAAGCCGGUUUGUUUGUCCCGUCAAUAAACCUCAAAGAUCAUUGCAGACAUCUGUGUUCCUUUUUCUUUUUCUGGGAUAUUCACCAUGUGAAGUGUCCUGGGGUGACCUAAGUAAACAAUAAUGUGGCUCUGGGCGCUGCUUCCAAUCUGCUUGGCGGUGUUUGGCACUGUGGGAAUAUGGGUGGUGUUUGGUAUCGCUGUUUCAAAUGAGACUGUUAAUAUCACAGUGAGAUUCCCCUACAUCAGUGAAUGCGGCACCUAUGAUCCACAGAGCUGUAUCUUUUCCCAGGUCUGCAACAUCUGUGCUGUCUUGAUCCUGUGGAUCGUGGUGAUCCGGUUUCAGCAGGUCAGGGACUAUGGUCAGAACAGCAAGGUGAACUUCGCCAGCAUUGUACUGGGCUUCAUCUCGUCUCUGGGCAUCUCCAUCCUCAGCAGCUUCCGGCAAUCUGUGUUGUUUGGCAUCCAUGUGUUUGGGGCUUUUCUGGCCUUCUUUGUGGGCCUGGCCUACUUCUGGUUGCAGGUGUGGCUCACCUAUAAAGUCCAGCCCUCUAAAGACCGUCGUUGGGUGGGGCCUCUCAGAGCUGCCCUCUGUAGCAUCUGCACCAUCUUGGUCAUCACAAUGGCCAUAGGUCUACUCUUUGAUACUGGCUACAGCUCAAUGGCGUCCAUUUCUGAGUGGGCUCUGGUCAUGUGCUUCUUUGUCCUAUUUGGUGUCUUUGCAUCCGAGUUCCGUCACAUCAACUGUCACCAGCUCACCGUGCAGAACCAAGGCCUCAGCAAGACCCAGAGCAUCAACAGCGGUGGGAUCAUAAUGAACAAUAGAACAGCCAACAGAAGAGUAAUGUAAUAAUGAUAUAAUAAUUGAACGUUCAAGCUCUGAAUGAUGAAGCUCUGACUGAUGAAGCUCUACAUAAGUGUACAUAUUUUAAACCUAUUGUUGAAUAAAAUACUACUCUUUUUGA